AUGCCAAUGAGUUCUCCUCAACUUCCAAAGCUUCCCUCCAUGAUCAGAACACCAAGGAAGGAACGGCGACAAGCAUCCAUUACACCUAGAAGAUUCAAAAGGUUUUUCGACAACAAGGCUCCCGCAAUCUCAAUGUCUUCACCUUCUGGUCGAGCCCUGAAGGAAUUGGUCAAUAAUCGUCAAGAAACACAAUCCAGCCCAUUGAAGCCUUCCAACACCAUGGAGCUCCAACGAGAACACCGGGAAUCGAUCCCAACACCUCGAGAAUUCAAGAGAAGAAAAACUUCCCACAGCGACAUAAGCUCAGACACAAGUUCGGAAAAUGAGUGCUCAUUUAGAGAUCAGAUUCGACAUGGCCAAUCACGUCUUGGCUCCCGUAAGACAAUCUCUUCGUCAUAUUCAAAAGCACAGUCAAUUAUUGAAGAAGCAGAAGAGGAGAAGCAACAAGAAGAAGAGGAGGAAAGUAUUAUUGAGCCUGCACUUGCAAAAGAACCCAUAGCGCGCAUCAGUGCCUUCGAGAAUCGAGGGUUGAGUGCGAGGUUAUUAAAAUUAAGUUUGGGUGCUUUCAGAUCGAGACGAGCAAAUCUAGCAUAUCCUAUCAAUGAUUGGCGAAAUGAGACCGCAUCAUUCUAUAGUAGACCCGAAGAUGUAAGCCACACUUUGAGUCUUUUGGGUGGUAGGGAUAGCAUACCUUUUUGUAACGCUGGUCUAAAUACGAACUCUUUGGUAGCUAUCGGUGAUGAUGAAGGACGAAUUAGAUUAGUAGAAUCUGAGAAGAAUGGACAGCCUUCAUUCAGCAAUGUAUACCUCGGUUGGCAGAUACACAAAAAUGCAAUUAUUGAUCUUUCACUUUCCGACGAUGAUGCUCUGAUUGCCACGGCAUCUGGAGAUCUUUCCGCCAAAGUUUCAGACAUGACAACUCAGAAGCCAAUAUCCAUCCUUGCAAACCAUAUUGCAACAUUAAAGCAAGUUAGGUUCCAACCGGGGGCAAAUAACAAGAAUGUACUCGCCACCUCGGGCAGAGAUGGUAGUGUUCAGAUUUGGGACCUAAGAUGCAAGGGCGAUGAUGGCCCCAUCAUGGAGAUGCAGAAGCUACCAGGUGAAGAUCUUCCACGUUGUGGCAAUGUCAACAGCAUUCUGAAUGCUCAUCAUGGUUCACAUUCGUAUGAGCCUAAGCCUAACGCAAAUCCGCGGUCACUUUCUACUCCUAAGAAAGGACGCAUCGGCGAUAUAUCAGUUACCAGCAUCCAUUUCUUACCACCCGGCCAGGAGCACUUCUUACUCACGGGAUCAGAAUCGAAUUCUAUUGUCAAGCUCUGGGAUAUCCGCAAUUUUUCCAAUAAGCGGAAAAGCAACCAGCCAGUUGCAUACACGAAACAGAUCCCCAGCCAUGUCGGCAAUCGUCCUUUCGGUGUCACCUCUCUCAGUAUGAGUCAUGAUGGAAGUAGAUUUUACAGCGUUUGUAAAGACAAUAUUGUAUAUGCAUAUUCCACCUCUCAUCUCAUCCUCGGCCAUGCACCUGAGUUCGAAAGCGGUAGCGGAAAACGAACAGCUCAACGGGUGGUUCAAGAAGGCUUAGGCCCGCUAUAUGGAUUGCGACACGCCUCUUUUCACGUGGCCAAUUUUUAUAUAAAAUCUGCAAUCCGGAAACCCGUCAAUGGCAAUUCCGAACUUCUAGCUGUGGGAAGUAAUGAUGGAACGCCCAUUUUAUUUCCCACUGAUGAACGCUACCUCGGUACAAAGGCCAAUACUUCUAUUCCGCUUGACGGCAUCGCCCAAGAGCCCCGAACGUUGAGCACUAGUAGCCUUCAGCGAUCUAGAAAACUCAACCCGGCGCUUGAGGAGAGUAGGAAAAAUACUUCGGUGGAGGAACCAGUCCCUAUUUAUACACACGGAACAGCGCUGGUGAGAGGGCAUGGAAGAGAAGUGAGCUCGCUAAGUUGGACAAGCAAUGGUGAACUUAUCUGUGCAGACGAUGACUGGAAUGUUAGAUGUUGGAGGGAGGGAAAGGAUGCUAGAGAUUUGAGAGUGGGUGGAGAAACUGGGGGCAGACGUUGGGGUUGUGGAUGGGCAGAUGUGGAAGAGGAUUAUGACGACGAAGAUGAGUAG